AUGAGUUUGGAGAUCGUGAUAUGCUCCUCGAAGAUUGGAAGUCGAUCUGGGCAGUCUGCUCAUCCAUCCAACCAUCAUGUUUCAAUUGUUGAGUCACGAGCAGUCAAGCAUGGAGUGGAUUCAUCGUCGCCAAUUCCUUUGGAAGUGAGGUUGACAGAGGCUAAGAAAGCAAGAGAGUCAUUUGCCUGGGCGAAGGGCUCUUCUGCAACGUCAGCAGCUGAUCCCAAGGUGGACAAGUCCACCCUUGCAGAGGAUGUAGGCGUGUCUGAUCUGCUCAAGACGAACUUUCUGUCAAGUCCAUCCACUUGUGCUGAGCUGGUUCAUCAAAUCCGUCAGGCUGGCGAUCUUGACGUGGAGGAUCAGGCAAGUGGAGCUGCUGAGAGUGUGGCUGAUCAAACGGACGCUGAAGUGGCUGCAGAUCAGGGAUCUCCUGCUGGCUGUCUUGUGAACUGCUUGAGUGUUUCUGGGUUGAGGCAUGUUUUGCCUAAGUCUGGAGACGUGUUGAUGAGGGUGGCCCGUUUGGCCUAUGUCCAGAGACGUGUCAAUGAGAGUGACCCGUUUGGCCUACGUCCAGAGACGUGUCGAUGA